UCUUUCUUUUUCAUAUAUUAGAAUCUAGAUCUAUUUCCGAUUUCCUGCAGAUCGAGCCAACCAACACUAGACCGAAGACUCUAUAGGCCUAGUGACAACAACAACCAUGGCUGCGGAUGACGAAGCUCGGGUGAUAAACUUAGGUCCCACAGAGGAUAACACUCCUGUUGCUGGAGUUGAACUUUCUAAAAGACUGCAGAAGACCAUGUUAAAACUGAAGGGCAAGUUUAUGGGAGCGGACGGCAAGUCAGUGGACUACGUGGGCAUGAAGAAGAGCCCAGAGUUCAGCGAGUACAAGAAACUGGCGGCCGACCUGCAGCGUGUGGACAUUGGCGCUAUGGAAGAGAAGGAGAAGAAAGUCUUCUUCCUCAACAUCUACAACGCUCUGACGAUAGACGGCCUGCAGGAGCAGAAGACCCUCCCCGACUCUGUGCUCAGCGUGCAGCACUUCUUCAAGACCACAGCCUACAUGAUCGGUGGACAAGUGUACACUUUGGAGGACAUAGAGCACGGCAUUCUCAGAGGCAACCGCUCCCCUCCCGCCUCCAUCAAGCCCCAGCUGCCUCCUGGAGACCCCAGGUUACCAUUUGUGUGUCAGAAGCUGGACCCUCGGAUACACUUUGCACUGGUCUGUGGAGCCAAGUCAUGCCCAGCUAUCAGUGUUUACACUGUGGAGAAUGUCGACUCAGCCCUAGACGCAGCCACACGCAGCUUCUGCAGUCAGGAAGUGGAGAUGCGCAACGAGACCAACGAGGUGCACCUAUCGAAACUGUUCCAGUGGUACCGCGCUGACUUUGGCGAGACCGAGGUGGAUGUUCUGAAAUGGAUGAUGCCGUACCUGAGCCAGUCUGAGCACGACCGCUGCAGCAUCCUUAUCCUCAAGCUGGAGAAGAUGGGCCCUGUAGCGCUGCAGUACAAGAAAUACGACUGGUCUAUCAACAAGACGUGACCGAGACGCACUAUAGAAACACCGUGACCCCUCCCCCCCUCCCUUUCUUUUCUUCGUGUUUUUCUCCAGCUACUCUCUGUUUACCUUGUUGGAUGUUCAGAUAUAUGUAUUGUAAUGUCAUGAAAUGAGUCGCUUGUUAGGUAUAUCUCCUCGUAAAACUUGUUGGGAAUCGAACAAUUUUUGCUUCUUUGGAAAAUUCGUUUACCUAGUUGCAAUGGGAUUCCAGAUAUAUGGAAUAAUUUGAA